AAAAUUCCCCCAUCCCCAUCGACUGUCACAUCUACGUUUCGAUAACAGUCAGCAGACGCAUCUCUGUUCGUUUUCAGAAACAAUUAUAUUAUUCAGAAAAACAACAUCCAUUUGUUUGUUUAGAUCAAACUAGAGCGAAAUACAGAGCGGUAUACGGUAUCGGAAUUAGAAAUCCCUACAGCGAAGACCCCUGAGAAUGUCGUGGCAAAGUGUUCCCCAGUAUCCCCAAUACCAAGAUCCCAACCAACAGUACAACUAUGGCGGAGGCUAUCCGCCUCAGGGAGGAUAUGGCGGCGGUGGAUAUCCGCCUCAGGGAGGCUACCCGCCGCAAGGACCUCCGCAGGGCUAUCCGCCUUACGCCCAGGGAGGCGCCCAACCGUAUCCACAGCCCUACGGACAGGGCCCUCCGCCCGGUGGCUAUGCCCCCCAGCCGGGCUUCAUCCAACCACCGCCAUCCGCGGGCGGCUAUGGAGCCUACGAUGAUCCGGAGAGCCAGCCAAAGAACUUCUCCUUCGACGACCAGAGCAUCCGGCGCGGAUUUAUACGCAAAGUUUACCUGAUUCUGAUGGGCCAACUCAUCGUCACCUUUGGAGCUGUUGCGCUGUUUGUGUUUCACAAAGGCACCAGGGACUUCGCCGCUAAUAACAGAUGGCUCUUUUGGGUGGCUCUGGGCGUAAUGUUAGUCACCAUGCUGUCGAUGGCUUGCUGCGAAAGUGUGCGCCGCCAGACGCCGACAAACUUUAUAUUCCUGGGCUUAUUCACAGCAGCUCAAUCUUUCUUGAUGGGGGUUACAGCCACCAAAUAUGCACCAACUGAGGUUCUCAUGGCGGUUGGCAUAACGGCAGCUGUUUGUCUGGCCCUCACAAUCUUUGCCAUGCAGACCAAGUACGAUUUCACUAUGAUGGGCGGCAUCCUGAUCUGCUGCUUGGUGGUGUUCAUGAUCUUUGGCAUUGUGGCCAUUUUCGUUAAGGGAAAGAUCAUCACACUGGUGUAUGCCUCGAUCGGAGCUCUUCUGUUCUCCGUUUACCUCGUCUACGACACCCAGUUGAUGAUGGGCGGCGAGCACAAGUACUCGAUCAGCCCGGAGGAGUAUAUCUUUGCGGCGCUGAACCUCUACCUGGACAUCAUCAACAUAUUUAUGUACAUUCUGACUAUUAUCGGCGCAUCGCGCGACUAAGUUCCGCUCUAUUUCCAUAUAUUGUUUACAGUUUAGCCGGGUUUAGCUUUAACCGGAAUACGAAUGUUGUUGUCGCGUAAUCUCAUCGGUAUUUACACCCUCUCCCAGUGGAGGCAAUUUUCAACUAACGAUCUACUCAAAUACUUACGACCUAUCUAAUUCGCGUUGUGUUUGCCAAUUUCCGGUUUCCUUCUAGUUCUUAAUGUCAGUUGAGGGUAAAUGAACUUUGUUGCCUUUCGUUAAGUAUGUAUUUGUAUUCUUGCUUAAGUUGAGGUCCGAAACUAGUGAAUAUUUUCAAAAUUCCCCAAAAAUAUGAUAUAUAUGUAUACCAAAUGAUAUGCCAUUCAGAUACACCCAAAAACAAUAAAUAGUCACGUAUAAAAGUAAUUAUGUGAGAAUAUAUAAGCAACAUGGCUUGCAAUUGUUAAAAAAAAAAAAUACAUUUUACCGAGUGUAAUCACCAAUGAAUCCCGAUUUUUGCAACUACGAAUCAAGUACCGAACAUUGUAAACCGUGCAGCGACACUGAGUUUAAAGUCAACAAUAAAGCGCAUCUAUUUAUUAAA